AUGCUUCCUGGCAGCUGCCCGAUAAUACAUUUGCAACAUUACCACGCCAGACUUGGAUGCCAUUUCCAUGGUGUCAGUUCGACCAAAAAUGGCGACGUUGCCGUUAAAAUCAAACCGGAUAAACCUGAAGAACCGGAAAAAACGCCUCAACCAAAAGUUGGAUUGUUCGAAUUGUUCAGAUACGCUGAUAAAAUAGACGUUCUGCUUAUUGUGAUUGGCACGAUCGCAGCAAUUAUUCAUGGCGCCGGUUUCCCUGUUAUGAUAAUUGUAUUUGGAGACAUGACAAACUCUCUUGUUAACAUUGGAGGACAAAUUAGCAUGACCUGUAUGAACAGUACAUCGCUUGUCUCCGGUAAUAAUUCCUUCACUUUACUUUCUCAAAUGGAGACAUUUGCCUAUUAUUACUUGGGUUUGGGUGCUGCUAUGCUUGUAGCGGGCUAUUUUCAAGUGGCUUUUUGGACAAUGGCUGCCGAGAGACAGACAUUCCAGAUUCGUAAACAAUUAAUGAAAAGUAUCCUGAGACAUGAGAUGGCUUGGUUUGAUACAAACGAUUCUGGAGAACUAAACACUAGACAAACAGACGAUAUCAAUAAAAUUAACGCAGGCCUUGGAAAUAAAACUGGUAUCUUUGUACAGUGGUUUUUCGGAGGUUUAAUUAGUUUCAUCAUCGGCUUUGUUUAUGGAUGGAAACUGACUCUUGUUGUGUUGGCAGUGAGUCCCCUACUAAUCGCAGCUUCAGGAUUCCUGGCAAAGGUCGUUAGUUCCAUGACUGAUAAAGAGCUUGAUGCUUACGCCAAGGCCGGGUCUGUAGCCGAAGAAGUACUGAGUUCGAUAAGGACUGUCGUGGCUUUUAGUGGAGAAAACAAGGAGUAUGAAAGAUACAGCAAAAAUCUUUCAGAUGCCAAAAAAACAGGAAUUCAAAAAUCUUGGGGCAUUGGAGCUUCAAUGGGUUUCUUGUGGCUUUCCAUGUUCCUUUCCUAUGCAUUGGGCUUUUGGUAUGGCUCUGGUCUUAUCAGAGAAGGCGAAUAUACCAUCGGCACCAUGCUUGUGGUAAGUUGA